AUGCACGCAAAGUCCUUCAUCCUGGCUUUGGCUCUUGCCUCUUCGUCCGUCGUCGAGGCCAACCGACCACGCAUUUACUACCCUCGACAAGUCAAGAGAGAAGUCGUGAACAAUGCUGCCGCCGCUCCUGCAGUGCCAGAAAACCAGGUCGUUCCCGACCUCGAGAAGCGAGACCCUCAAAAUUCGUUUCUUGAUCGCCUCUUCAGCAACAACAACGACGACAAGGCUAGCACAGGAGACAAAGAGAGUGGCAUCAACUUCGAUCCCACUAUCCCCCUAGGCCUCAAGCGCCCUGGCCCCAGUGCUAGCGCUCCACCAGCCCUCGUUCUUCAACCGACAACAACAAGCAUGGCUAUUGAGGAACCCGAGACAACUGAACCCGCCGAAGCCACCGAUGCUCCUAUCGAAACCGAUACCGGUAUUCUUCUUGCUCCCAGCGGCAUUGUCACCAGCAAGACCGCCGUAAAGUCCACCCAGCCAGUAAAGACAUCAGCUGCUGCGCCUAAGGAGGAAACGUCAGCUGCCCCCGUUGAGACCGAGACUGUUGUUGAAACUGAGGAGCCCGUCGUCACCACCGAAGCCCCCAAGGAGGAAACCAAGCCUGCGGCAACAACAGCACCUGCUGUAAAGGAGCCCGAGUCUGUAAACACUCCCAAGGAAAAGCCUGUCGACUCCAAGACUGAGGAACCUGCUCCCGUCAAGACUACGGAACCCAAGGUUGAGCAACCUGCUAGCACUCCCAGCAAGAAGACGGUCAUUGAGACCAAGACUGAGGCUCCAGUUGAGACUAAGCCUGCUGUUGCCUCAACAACCAAGAAGGGCCUCCUUGAUCCCGUCGAGACCCUCUUGUCUUCCAUCCUUCCUGUCCCUGCUGAGUCUAAGACCACGCAGCCUGAGGCUGUGAACAGUGAGACUACCAAGCCCAAGGAGGAGACCCAGCCAGCUCCUGCCGAGACCCAGCCAGCCCCUGUUGAGACGGAGACUGUUCAGCCUGCUGAUACCGAGACCAAGAGCCCCCCGGUCGAGAAGCCCGCACCUACGACCAAGGAAGGCCUCCUUGAUCCCGUCGAGACACUGUUGUCCUCAAUUCUCCCUGUUCCUGCUGAGACCGAGACUAAGGAUCCUCAGCCUGAUCAGACCCAAUCCGAGCCUCUGCCAGAGGAGACUGGAACUCCCACAAAGGAGCCACAGCGCCAGGAGAGCAAGCCUCAGACUGAUGACCAGACUCUCCCCACCGUGAGCCCUCCAAGCGACGAGCCUACUGCUGCCCCAGGCACUGCUCAGACAUCCGAGGGUGGUCUGCUGGACCCUGUCGAGACCCUUCUCAGCUCUCUCCUCCCCGUUGACCCAUCCGAAGUCAAGACUACAUCGCCCGAGGAGACAGAAGCUCCUGGUACUGAGCCUACAUCCGCUGCUGGUGAAGAGACCGGUUCCGAGCAAACUGUCUCCGGCGCUCCUGUGACCAACCCUGAGACCACUGGUCUUCCUGAGCUUAUCCCCACCAGUAUCCUUCCUGAGCCCACGCUCCCACUUGACGAGACUGACCUUCUGCCCAUCCCUACGGAUAUCACUGACGCUACCUCCGUCUUGCCCGAGCUUUCAAGCCCCGUCACUGUGUCUCCUGCUAUUCCCACGACACUUGCCCCUGAGGAGUCCCAGACUGGUCUGCCAGAUCUCACAUCAUUCGUUGACCCCAACACCAAGUUGAUUGAUCCUACCGAGUCACCUAAUGUUACCCUUCCUGAUGCAACCUCCGGCGUUGGAACUGAACCUGCUGAGACUGAGCUCCCUGUACCCACAACCGAGCCUGUCAACGGUACCGAGACCCAGCCUGCCAAUGGCACUGAGACUCAACCUGCCCCUACCGGCGAGCCUGAGACUACUGGUGCUCCCGAGCCCACCGAGGAUGUGACUGAGGCUCCUACUGUUGCCCCCACAGCUACCGGUGCCGUCUCCGAGGAACCCACUGGAAAUGCGACUGAGCCUGCCACCGAGCCUAUUGACACUGCUACCGACUCAGUUCCCACUGAGCUCCCUGCUACUCAAACUGGUGAUGAAACCAACGGCACUGCUACUGAGGAGCCAACCAGCCCUGCCACUGGAGUCGAAACUGAGAGCGCACCUGUUGCAACUGAUAUUCAAGAGACUUCCGCGGCUGUCCCAACUGUCUCUGAAGUUCAGCCUACAAUCCAGCCCACCUCUCAGCCUCCCGUCGAAACCGAGACUCAGCCUCAGACCCAACCCGAGCCCGUUCCUACCACCCUGGUUCCCACAGCUGCUGAGCCCAUCACUAGCAUCCGACCUACUGCUACUCUGACCAACACCAACAACUGGCUGCCUACCACCAUCAUGUUCGAGCCCACCUCUAUCCCCGUUGCUCCCACCCAGGCCACCGAGACUUCUACCUCUACAGGUCUCCCUGCCAACAUUCCCCGUGUCAUCCUGCCCAACGACCCCAACAAGCCUAUUCCUGAGGGUUCUCGUUCCAUUCAAAUUGGUUUCCUCUUCCCCUUCAACUACAAGUUCCUCGCCCGAAACACCGUUGCGGCUGCCCAGCUUUUCAAGUACCUCCCCAAGGGUCUUGCUGAUGCUGGUGGCUUCAGCAAGGACCGUAUCCUGAUCGAAAAGAUUAUUCCCAUGGAUACUCAGUCUCAAUGGGGCUACAUUACUGCUCUGGCUAAGAUCCACUACCCUGAGAACAUGCUUGACAGCCUCCAGGCUGAUCUCAUGACGCCCAACUCUCUCCUGUACAACAACGACCUUGAGAUUGUCCGCAACCUGACCUCUGUCAUCAACAACAAGAUCGACAUCUUUGGCAACACUGAUAACGGUGCUAGCUCUGACACCGGCGACUCUGACGACAGUGGCCUUGGCGGCAACGAUGGUUUCGGUAACAGUGGUGAGGGUGACAAGUCUGCCAAGCAGAAGGCUACUACCGCUGGUAUUGCUGUUGGUGCUGUCGGACUCAGUGUCAUGUACGGUGCCGCCAUGUUCCUGGUUGCCCGCCGAUACAAGCGCAAGAAGCAACUGGGUCACCGCCGAGCCAGCUCCAUCGGCAGCAGCCAACGAUCUUCCGAGAUGCAGUACAACGGCAACGGCAGCCCUGCUCUCAUGGGUGGCGCUCUCAUGAGCCGUGAUUUCUCCAACUACGGUGCGCAGGGUCCUCAAGGUGAACAAGCGCCAGCUCGACCUGGUGGCCGUGACAGCCAUGGCAGUGGACGCAGUGGCAUGGGCAACUCUGCCCGCACAGCUUUCAUCUCCGCUCCUGUAGCUGCCGAGAACUCUCUUGGAUGGAACUGA